AUGCUACAAAAUCGUGGAGAGUUUUCCCUUCAAGAAAUACGUGAGCGAAAUUCCCCACAUUCCUCGCCAAAGUCGGAGGUGGCUAUGCCUCACAUCCAUACGCAAAAACCUAGGUUUCUAUGCGAGAGCGCUAGGACGGGAAUGGCUCCGGUGAGCGAAAUUCCCCACAUUCCUCGCCAAAGUCAGAGGUGGCUAUGCCUCACAUCCAUACGCAAAAAACCUAGGUUUCUAUGCGAGAGCGCUAGGACGGGAAUGGCUCGCUGUCGUUCAUUGGCAUUUGCACUGCAUCACAGCUUGGUUGGCAAAGUAUUACGUGUUCACAAAGUAUCACGAGGCCAAACCCAGUCAUACAUUGAAUCUAAGAGAUUAUUUUCUUUGUCUGAACAACUCAUAUGGGGCGACAUUCCACAACUCAGUGAAUCUACUUCUAAAGAGACUGCUGAGAAAAUUUAUGCAGUACAAGUGAUGGGCCCUCUCUUAGACUCCAAGCUCAUUGAUGGAGGGGUACCCAUAUUUGUAACAAGGGAGUUCCUAGAGUCAGUUGAAAAGAGCAUUCAUACUCAGCGUCCUCAUUGGCGACUUCAUACAACGGAAGUUGACCUCCUCUCUCAUUCGGCACUGCUUAUGUCUGACCAUUCAGUUUUUUCUAAUGGUUCUCUUAAAGAUGAUGUAUGCAUAGCAGUGGAAAUAAAGCCGAAGUGUGGGUUUCUUCCAUCUUCAAAAUUCAUAGCCAAACAAAAUGCUGUAAAGAAGUUUGUAACACGAUUUAGAAUGCAUCAACUCCUGAAAUUUCAUCUUGGAGAGAUAUCACAGCCGAGUGAUUACAAUCCACUGGAUCUGUUCUCGGGAUCUAUAGAGCAGAUAAACAAAGCCUUUGCUGCACUCUUCACAACUCCUUCAAAUAACUUCCGAAUUUUUCUGAAUGGCACUCUCAUAUUUGGAGACAUGGAGGGAGCAGAUAGCAAUAGAAAAAUUGGUGAGAUUGGCUCUAGCAUUGAAGACCAACUUAAGAUACUCAUAAAUGGAGAAUAUGGCCUAAGAUUAGCUAGCUUCAUUGAACUUGUCUCUGAGGCAAUUUUCAGAUCAGGAGUACUGGACCGACUUCUAGCUGUUCAAAAGCUUGAUUUAUUUGACAUAGAAGGAACCAUUCAUGUAUAUUACAAUAUUAUUUCCGAGCCUUGCAUGGUAUGCAAAAAUCUUGGGGACUCUGAAUUGCUGCAGAAGUAUUCUUGUUUGCAUGCUCUAUCUUUAGAAGAAAGCGUGAAAAUUGUAAGGAAUUUUCUAAUAGCUGCCACUGCAAAGGACUGUAGUUUAAUGAUUAGCUUUCGACCUCAUGAAGGAAGCGGCUCCUCGUAUGACUUUAUUCGUCUCGAGUCAUCCAAGCAGACCUUCGAUUACAAGGCCUAUUUCAUUGACCUUGACGUGAAACCUCUUGAUAAAAUGGCCCACUACUAUAAGUUGGAUCAGAAGAUAGUUAGAUUUUACACUGAAAGUGGGAUGCAGACGAAUAACGAUACAUCAUCAUAGAUCUUGCGGAUAGCUGAGUUAUAUUCUAGAUUGAAGAAGCUUGAAUUGAUAUGAAACGUGCAGUUCAGCUCUUUAUUUAUUUAUUUAUAUGUAUAUAAAUAUAUUUUGUAGUUUUUUUGCAUGCUUUUAACAUGGUGUAUGGUGAAAAUUAUGGAAUGUCUAUAGGUUUUAACUUGAAA